CAGGGCAGGGCGGGGCGGGUUUAUGCAGAUCGAAUCGGGGGGGUUGAAAUUUUUGCAGGUUAAGCCCGGUCCUGCACCCACCCCACCACGCCCACUGUCAUCCCUACACCAGAGGUUAAAAUUGUUGAAAUUAUGGAGCUCUUAAAUCUUGAAACACAUCUGCACAAGACUUGAAAACUUGUUUAUUUGCUUCUCAAGUUAAGGGUGGGAUGAGCUUUUUCUUCAACGAAAUACACUAAAAGUAACUUGUGAAGCAAAAUUGGUGAAGAAUAUUUUAAUCUUUUUAGUUUCUUAUAUGGAGGAUGAAGUUUUUGAAAGUGUACCUAAUUCAAAAUAUGUCAAGUCAUCAAAUACAAUUAUAAUGGCCAUAAAGAGAAGUCAACUUCAACAAUAUGGACCUCAAACCGUUCAAAUUAGACAUUGAUGAGCUUAUAAAUGAGUUUGGCAAGGGUGGAUCUCCUAGUUUUGCAGAAAUGAAGAAAGUGUGGGUUUCUAAAAAGUUCUCCUAUAUUUUUGAGGCCAGUCCCUCUAAAGAUCAGGCAUGCUUUGUGCAAUCACUCUAUGCCUACUGUAGUGGUUACAUGGUGUCUACUCAUUCUCUUUUGAGUAGACUGGGUGGGCUUUAUUCCCUGUACUGCCUUUUUGAGACGCAGCCAUUCAAGCCUCCUUUCAAGAUUUAUAUAUCUCUAGGAGACCUGAAGAAUCUUCGGAACAUCGUCACAGAGGCAAAGGUUAAAGGUGUUAAAGUAGUCCCUGCUUUAGUCAAACGUAUGUUAGACAGAAACAUGUUUCUUUUUGGGUCUGUGGAUGUUAAUGAGGGCUCUGCAGCUGAGAGAUUAGAUGAACUGACAGAAAUACAAAAUGCAAGUAUCCGUAUAGCAUCCAAAAAGUUAUUUGCAAAUACCCGGAUCGAGCACUUCACCCACAUGGAUAUGGGCAUGGAGCUUGAGGUGGAUUUGCUUAAGCAAAAGUCAGCAGAAUAUGCAAGGGCCAAGGAAUUAGCUAUUAGAGCGGCUAGAGACAUGGUGGAUGUAGAAAAUAUAAAGCACAUAACAGAGAACCAGACAUUGAUAGGGGAUGUAGUUGAGAAGACUGCUGAGGACUGGAAAGCUCAGAAGGAAUUAUUCUAUCAACAAACAGGCAUUGACAUUGUAAAGGAAGUGCAGGAGAAAAGUUCUCCCAACAACAAGUGGCUGAAGAGCAGGAUGGCAAUGAAGACUUCAGUAAGGAACUAGAAGCAGUGCUAUUGUCGGAGCAAAACGAAUGUGAUUUUGAAGAAUAAGGAGAGAACUUGUAUAAAAACUGGACAAUGUUUUUAGAAGGUUUGGCACUAAGUUAUAAGUAAUGCUUGUAAAUGAUUUUCGCAGCUACAUGAAAGAGCUUGCAGCUUCUAAUACUCUCCUGUAUAUUGAACAUUUUCCAGAAAUGGGAUAGGCACAUGAAAAAUUUUGUUCCUUUUUUUCUGCUUCA